CUAUGCCAUUGAUGAAAAGAUAUUAAAGGAUUUGUAUGAAAACAAAGUAUUGCGCACACUACUGGAUUUGGAGAUGCAUAAUGUCGAACAUUUGCGAUUCUUAAGAGUGCUUUCUUUCCGUCGAAAAUUUGGGAUUGAAGCUCAAAACAAGAUCGAGUUAUUAAAUUCAAUCUGCAAUUUGAAGCUCUUGAGAUAUUUGGAUUUAUCUCAUUCUAACGUUGAAGAAAUACCUGAUAAAAUUGGUACUCUAUAUAAUUUGCAGACAUUAUUGUUGAGGUUUUGUUAUCGGCUUACUUCGUUGCCGGAUUCAAUUGGCAAUUUGAAGCAUCUAAGGCAUUUGGACUUAUCUCGUACUUCAAUUGAAAAGUUACCUGACACAAUAUGGCAAUUGCACGAGUUGCAUACGCUGAUAUUGAAAGGAUGUCCGAAACUUACUCAGUUAUCAAUCAACAAUGCAACUGAUGUUAUCAAUCUGCGUUGUCUCGACAUUAGUGAGACAGGUGUACGAGAGCUGCCACGUCAAAUGUUCAAAUUGGAAAAUCUGCAAAAGUUACCAAAGUUUGUUGUAGGCAAAGAUAGCGGAUCCAAUAUUAAAGAGUUGGGCAAGCUUAAUGAUCUACAUGGUGAUCUUGAUAUUGAAGGACUUGAGAAUGUUGUAAAUGUUGAAGAUGCUAGGGAGGCAAAUUUGAUAGAUAAAAAGCAUAUUACAAAAAUUAAAUUAAUAUGGAAUGGUGAUAUUGGCGGUUCAGUUGAAGCCCGGAAGGUUCUUGAUGGACUCCAACCUCAUUUAGAUCUUGAGGAACUACAUAUUCACAAUUAUGGAGGUACAACGUUCUCGCAUUGGGUUGGAAGUCCUUCAUUUUCCUGUAUGACAAGGGUGAGGCUUAUCGAUUGUAAAAACUGUUUCAUGUUGCCUCCACUGGGACAGCUACCUUCUCUGGAAUUCCUUGAGAUUACGGGAUUGGAUAAGGUGGUGAGGAUAGGGGAUGAAUUUUAUAGUGACGGCUCUGUUAUCACUAAGCCAUUCAAGUCUUUGGAAUUUUUAUACUUUUCAGGAAUGGAAGAGUGGAAGGAUUGGGCAUUCGUAGAAGCGGAGGAUGGCGGAGUUUUCACAAACUUGAAGGAGCUUUGGUUGGGGGAUUGUCCGAAGCUAAAAGGGGCAUCAUGCUUACCUGAUUAUCUUCCAUCCUUGGAAACUCUUGGAAUAAAAGGUACAAGUGACCACCUGGUGGCUUCACUCUCAAACUAUCGAUAUCCAUCCUUGAAAUUUCUUAAAAUAGAAGGUUGUCGCAAAAUGAAGACAUUUCCAGGAGGUACAUUGCCCUCCACUAUACAAAAGAUUAACAUUAGGGAAUGCCCUGAACUGGUGUCACUUUCAGAAGAGGGAUGGCCAUCAAAUUUAAAAUCACUUCAAAUUAUGAUGUGUCGGCACAGCAUGCAGUGGAAUCUGGGAAUGCUCACCUCCCUUACAUCCUUAGAAAUCAAUUGCAUAAAAGAAGAAAUGGAUGCAUAUCCAAAGGAGGAAGGGCAACUUCCCACCACUCUUACUUCUCUUUAUCUUGGUGAUCUUCUCAAACUGAAAUCCCUGAAUGGCAGCGCCCUUCACCACCUCACCUCCCUUCAAUCUUUGUCCAUUAAAGGAUGCAAUCAGAUCCAGUGCUUGCCACAACUGCCCACCACUCUCACUUCUCUUCGGCUAUCUUUUCUUCCCAAACUGAAAUCCCUAAACGGAGACACAUUUCGACAUCUCACCUCCCUUAAACAAUUGACCAUUUGUUAUUGCGAACAGCUCCAGUGCUUGCCACAAGAAAGGCUGCCCGAGUCUCUUUCAGAGUUGUACAUCGACCAUUGUCUAUUGCUAAAGCCACGGUGCGAGAGAGGGAUAGGGGAAGAUUGGAAUUACAUCCGGCACAUCCCUCGCAUAACCAUAGAUUACCAAGGCAUAUGAUUCAUCAUGUCCGCUCUUUUUAAAAAAAAAAAAAAUAAAAAAAAUCAGGUGGCUCAAAUUUUCUGAUCCAAAAACCACAACGAGAUUUUUAAAGCAUAUGACAAGAAGCUAUGCACUAGGAAUUCAAAUAUAUCGGCAUCUCUGUUUCUCUGAUGGCAAAGACAAUUGUUGAUGCUACUUUGAGUCUUAGCUUUGACGAUUGACCAGCAGUUUGGCUGCUGCUGCUCUUUUCUAUGCCUGGACAAAUAAUGUAAGGUGCAAAGCUCAUAUGUUCAAUGAAUCUUCAACAAAAUGAUGAGUAAUUUCAGCUUGUAGAAAUAUAAUAAGAUGCAAUUCUUUCCUGUAAAGAGAGUUUCAAUGGUCUGUUUAGACUUUUAAAAUGCGGGGCUCUAGUACAAAUCAUGCCUGUUUCAUGAGUAUAUGCAUUUUUUGUUAGCAAUUAAUUUCACUAUAUAUAUAUAUAUAUAUGUGUAUUUGUGUAAAUGGGUACUUGUCUAUAUGGAAGAUACUCAUAAAAGGUCUGCUUUCUUUAUCUGGGCCAAGACGAUCACCUUUUUGUAUCACCCAAUUGCAUUUGGUUUCUAAUUAGGUUUUUGAAACCAAUCAUCUCUACCGCCAUUGAAGACAAAGUACCAAAAAUAUCUUCUAGGUCUAUCGCUACUCAUGGUUGUUCACACCUUGCAAAAUAUGCUACCAAAAAAUUAGAUUCUAGUUCUGCUGCCAUUUUUCCCAAGGUUCAUGAGAUUAUUGUGCGUUGCAAGGAAAUAAAACCGAGCUGUGGGAAUGAAAGUGGAGCAGUAAAGCCGGAGUUAUGCCCAAAAUGGAUUGCUCUGCUGACUGUGGAGAAAGCUUGCUUAACCACUAUUUCUCUUGAAGAAGCCACUGAUACAGUGAGGAAAACUGGGGGCAAUUUUAAGGAAAAGUUACAAGAGCUUGGAGGUCUUCAUGCUGUUUUUGAGGGUUGCAUGUUCCAUGGAAAGUAGCUCGCCUUUUACCAGGGAUACAAAAGUUGACUAGGAUAUGCAGAACUUGACUCUGCUUUUGAAAUGCUUGAACAUCAUGGAAAAUGCCAAUUUCUUAAGUAUAGAUCGUCAGGGAAACAAAUAUAACAGAGUCAUUUGCUUGGAAUGAAAGGAAACAAGCAUCGUAUCUUUCACAGAACUUGUUUAAGUGCCAUAAAGAUCCUCUCACGCAGCUAAUGCCUAAUGAUUCAUGUUUUUAUUCAAAAUCUGGUUGCAGUUUGAUAAUUUAUGGUCUUGAUUUCAAGCUCUUUAUUUGGUCAAAAAUUCAUCUGAUGCGUCCAAUAAUAAGAACUCUUGUAGUCACUCUGAUGGCUCUGGCAAUGCUGCUGAAAUGGCUUUGGCUUUAGUUGCAGACUACAAAGGGGAAAACAAUGAGACCUUAUUCAUUAAUUCUUGUAAGAACUACGUAGCUGUUAAUGAAGAAGGCUCCAGUCUUCUUUCUGACUUUCUUCUCACUGCUGUUAAGGUUGCUCAAAUUUUCUGAUCCAAAAAACCACAAGAAGUAGGAUUUUUUUCUCAUUUGCUUUAAGUAAAUGUAAUUAUAUAUACCAGGCAUAAUGUUCAAUACCCAUUUAAAUGGAGGUCCAUUUCCUCUAA